UGCAACAGCAGAAUGCUUGACCGACUUGUUCUCGUUGCGGCUGUGACCGUGCUUGGAGUACUCGAGCAAGCCUAUUUCUCUCUCCAAGUGAUCUAUGCAAGACGCAAGUACUCCGUCUCGCCUCCAAACACAUCGGGUCCCCCAGAGUUCGAGAGAAUCUUUCGGGCACAAGCAAACUGUUCUGAAUAUUUCCCAAUUUUCAUAAUCACACUGUGGGUGUCUGGGCUUUUCUUCAACCAAGCUGCUGCUGCCUUCCUUGGGCUCUUUUACCUUUAUGGACGAUACAAGUACUUCCAUGGCUACGCAGAGUCUGCAAUGGGAAGACUAGAGCCCCUAUAUUUCAGUGCUAAAGUACAGUGGGCGCUGAUAGCUUUGUGUGGUCUGGGAGUGGCUUCAACCAUGUGUCAGCUCUAUGCUGGUGUAGACAUAUCCCAUCUACUCAGCGACAUUCUGGGGCUAUCUGAGGUCAAGGAAGCCUGAUGAACCCAAGGAAGAGCAAGGAGAUAAGCAAAGGAAACCGGAGUUAUAGGAACAGUUUAAGGGUCAUGGCAGUUCAAGGGUUAUGGCUGCCAUUUUUGGGAUUUUUACACAAAAUGAGGGAAGUAUGAUCUCCUAUUCAGAGAUUUUUUUAAAAUUGUUUUUUUACAUGGAGUUAGUAGAUAGACAUCAAUAUGUACCUGUCAUUUCAGCGUAGUUGGAGUAUAUGCUGUGGUGAGUGUGAUGAUUAUGAAACAACCACACUGAUCUUGCAAAAAACAAAAAUGAGAUAAGCAUCAGCAUGUCCUAUUUAUAAUGAUCUGAUAUUACUUCUGUAACGGUUACUGGUGCUUCUGUAACAGUGGCAUGAAACUAGGC